CCACUCCUGGUCCGUCACAGGCAUAUACUGUACCACAUAGUAUAUCCUCGGCGCCGCAAGGAAGCCAGCAGCCAAGAUGACUUAGUACCUCCAAUUAUUAACGAGGGGGGUAUUCUACUUUCGUAUUGACUGGCUAUUCAGCUGGCCAAGUCCUUACGUUGCAUAUCAGGACGAGGGUGUCGGUGCUAGCCGAUGAACAAAUGAAGGAACUUCAGAUACCGGCUGGUCGUCCGACGGAUGGUAAUUUCCCCGAAGUUGCAGACAUCGAAGGCUGGAACUGGGGUAUAUAAAGGGUGUCGUUUCCAGUGUAGGAAGGCUAUCUCCCAGAACUUAUCAUCAUCAUCAUCAUCAUCCUCAUCCUCAUCAUUAUCUGUUUUCAAAAUCAAUCACAAUGAAGGUCGGAGAUUCCUCCUCGUCUAACCUGGCUAUCACCAUCACCGUCGAGAAAGAUGGCUUCUAUGAAGUUAACGGUGCCAGGCAGGAGCCCACUGUUUCCCUGUAUAUGACAGCCGGAGCAUCUAAGCUGCGCCGUAUGUUGAGGGAAACAGACGACUUGAUCGUCUGCCCUGGUGUGUACGAUGGUAUCUCUGCUCGAAUUGCCAUGGGGCUCGGCUUCAAGGCAAUGUAUAUGACUGGUGCUGGAACUACCGCCUCAAGGCUCGGUAUGGCAGAUCUUGGAUUGGCCCAAUUGUAUGAUAUGCGGACCAAUGCCGAGAUGAUUGCCAACCUGGACCCGUUUGGACCCCCAUUGAUCGCUGACAUGGAUACUGGUUAUGGUGGUCCUUUGAUGGUGUCGAAGUCCGUUCAACAGUAUAUCCAGGCCGGAGUUGCUGGUUUCCACAUUGAAGACCAGAUUCAGAACAAACGUUGUGGUCAUCUAGCUGGAAAGAAGGUCGUCGACCUGGAGGAAUACCUCACCCGCAUCCGCGCUGCCAAGUUGACCAAGGACAGAUUGCGCUCGGAUAUCGUUCUGAUUGCCCGCACCGACGCCUUACAGCAGCAUGGGUAUGAUGAAUGUAUCCGACGCCUGAAGGCAGCCCGUGACCUCGGUGCAGAUGUUGGACUGCUGGAAGGCUUCACCUCCAAAGAGAUGGCAAGACAAGCCGUGCAGGAUCUGGCACCAUGGCCCCUGCUCUUGAACAUGGUAGAGAAUGGUGCUGGCCCCAUCAUAACCACCAAGGAAGCACAGGAGAUGGGCUUCCGCAUUAUGAUCUUUUCCUUCGCUUGCUUCGCACCAGCGUAUCUGGGCAUUAAGGCUGCACUGGAAAGACUAAAGAAUGAAGGUGUUGUUGGAAUUCCGGAUGGCUUGGGGCCGAAGAAGCUAUUCGAGGUAUGUGGAUUGAUGGACUCAAUGAAGAUUGAUACGGAGGCCGGGGGUAGCGGGUUUACCAACGGUGUUUGAAUUUCUUUUGUGUUCUUGUUAAUUUCGUUAUGCGACUUUGA